CGAGGGAAAGAAGGGAGGAGGAGAGAGAUCCCGAAAAUCCUUUGAAAGGAACAGAAAACCGUUUGAGUGGCCGGCCCAGAAGAAAAGGACUUAGUGGAGGUAGAAAGUGAAGAAAGAAACUGCUUAAAGUGUCUCUGUGUGGAUUGUACUGCUGCUGAGGAGCUGCUGGGGGAUUAGAUGAGUUUGACUUCACGAUGAGGAGCGACCCUGUUCUGUUCACUUCCAACAGGGCGAUGGAGGAACUGGUGUGUGAGCUUCGUCUGUUCCUUGACCUGUUGGACAGGGAGUAUCUGAGCGCUGGGGUUAGAGAGAAGAAGAUGCACCUCUCCAACAUCCUCCACAGAGUCCUCUCAGAAAAAGAGCCUUCAUUCAAGUCAGAGAUUCACAGUGGUCUGCCGGCCCCGCCUCAGAUGCCCCUUCCUGAGAUCCCUCACCCCUGGCUGCCUCCAAACAAUGGCCCUCCUCCUCUGCCCAGCUCCUCUCUACCAGAAGGCUACUAUGAGGAAGCAGUUCCUUUAAGUCCUGGAAAGACUCCUGAAUACAUCACUGCCAACUAUGACUCGGAUGCCAUGAGCAGCUCCUAUGAGUCAUACGAUGAGGAAGAGGAGGAUGGAAAGGGCCAAAAGAUGCAUCACCAGUGGCCAUCUGCAGAGGCGUCCAUGGAUCUGGUGAAGGACGCUCGGAUCUGUGCAUUCUUGCUGCGCAAAAAGCGCUUUGGCCAGUGGACCAAACUCCUCUGUGUCAUCAAAGAUAACAAACUGCUGUGUUACAAGUCCUCCAAAGUCUGCACACAUAGAGUAUGCAGUUCACUAUUUGAUGCAGAUUACACAUAUCCCAUAAAGAUGGCAAGAAGAAGAAGCCAUCUGAAAAUUGUUCAUCAGGGCGGAUGCUGGUUUUUAUUAAGUGUGCAUAGCACUGAGCAGAGUGAAUGUUGGUUGUCUGUGAUGAGAGAGGUGUGUGUUAAUGGGGGUGGAGACAUGGAUGGAGCUGGAGCUGGAUCACCAGUGCACAAACCCGAGCUGGAAAAGAAGGCUUCAUGUGACAGACCAAGCUCAGAUGGUGAAGCAUCUCAUGAAAAUGGACACAGCGACUGCAAGGACCAAGGAAAGGGGAAGAAAAACUCAAAGUCAGAGCAAAAGAUUGGGACAGUUGGUAAGGGAGCAGGGAAGAAGAUCACCAAAAUCAUCGGGCUGGGUAAGAAGAAGCCAUCUACAGAUGAGCAGACCUCAUCAGCUGAAGAAGAUGUACCCACAUGUGGCUACCUGAACGUGUUGUCCAAUAACCGUUGGAGGGAGCGUUGGUGCCGCCUGAAGGACAACCAGCUGCUACUCCACAAGGAUCGUGAUGACUUGAAAUGCCACAUCGCCUCACUGCCCCUUCGAGGCUGCGAGGUCAGCCCUGGCCUUGAUCACAAACACCCGUUUGCCUUCCGCCUGCUUCGGAACGGCCAGGAGGUUGCUGUACUGGAGGCCUCUUCCUCUGAGGGGAUGGGUCGCUGGUUGGGGAUUUUAUUGGCCGAGACUGGCUCCACCACCGACCCAGCCACCCUGCACUACGACUAUAUUGAUGUUGAGACCACAGCCAAUGUCAUCCAGCUGGCCAAGCAGUCCUUUUGUUUCACCAGCAAGCGUGCUGUCUCACCUAACCCAUACCUGGAUAACCCUGUCAAUGGCUAUGCCUGCCCCACUGGUGUGGCUCUGCACUAUGAUGAUGUGCCCAUUAACGGCACGCUGAAAGGAAAGAAGGGAACAGGAGCCAGUGGGGUGGCAUCAAAGCAAAAGACAGAGCCAAAGAACCAGCCCAAAAAGAACGGAGUCAAUGGGACCAAUGGAACCACCUCUAUGAGACGCAACAGCUCCAAUGCAGACCAGUGUAAGUAUGGGAAGAACCGCGUGGAGGCUGAUGCCAAGAGACUGCAGGCCAAGGAGGAGGAGCUGAUGAAGAAGAAGCAGGAGAUAAGGAACCAUCUAACCCAGCUGAAGAAAGAGAGGAGAGACCUGCGCACUGCAGUGGAAGCUGCUGUUGGCAAACGUUCGCACGCCUCACUGUCGGAGCGACUGAAGAAAGUGGAGCAGGACUGCAAGCAGAGGGAGGAGGAGCGGGUAAAUUUGGAACUGGAGCUAACUGAAGUGAAGGAGAGUCUGAAGAAAGCCCUGAGUGGUGGGGUCACCCUGGGCCUCACCAUCGAACCAAAAGCUAGCUCCUCUGGAAUCCAGUCACCGGCGAUGCUGCGACGGAACCUUGAAUCUUCUCCCUUCUCCAGCUGUGACACCAGUGACACAGAGUCCUGCUCCGGACCACUGCCGGUCAACAGUGCCUCACUGCUCCGCCGGCAGCAGGGCAGCCAGAAGGUCUCACCAGUCCGGGGACACGUCCUCAGGAAGGCAAAGGAAUGGGAGCAGAAGACCGGCACAUAAACCACCUGACCCCUCUUAUCAGUCUCACCUUCAGUUCUUUUUUCUCUUUUUAAGAAAUUGUUUAUAUAUUUAUUUGUUUAUACUGUCAGAGAGUGGGUUGAGGAGCACACAAGCAUCCACGUGAACAAAACCAGUUGCUGUCACUACCAAAAUAUACACAGGCAACCUUUUUAACUAGUUUUGCCAUUAAGCAUGCUUAGUAUACUAAGUUGUGCAACUUGUGUCGUCCGCUGUACUUUCUUUUCAAGCAACCACCUUUUUAUCCUUUUCACUCAAACCUGUUUGACUGUUUGGGUUCAAAAAGGUCAAAACCAAGUAUUUAUUUGUAAAUGUUUAGAGGAAAUACUAGCUUCCCUUUAUUUAUGUUGAUAUAUUUAAAGGGGUUUUUUUUUUGUUGAAUUUGUGGCACUCCACAGAAUCCCAUCUCCUACACCGUUUAUUGUUCUCAUUCAUGGGUGUCGGCAUCAGCAAACAAAGUACAUCACGGUAAUCAGAACACACACCAGCUGAAUAACAAUGCAGCUCCUCUUUAAAGGAAUAGUUUGUAUUAUUUGAAGUGGGGUUAUUUGAGGUACUUAUCCAUUAUCUGACAUGGAGAAUAAGCAAUGUACUGCUGUGGAGAGGUCAACAAUAAAACAGAUUUUAACCACCUAAAAAAAGUCCCUCCUAAGAAAAUAAAUAUCAGAUUAAGUAUACACUAUACUGAGAAAAUUUUCAGCGCUUUACCUUUCCAGUAGACUGCCUGUUCUGAUGGGGAAGCCGUUGACAACUUCAGUUCCCCAUCUAUGCUCUCGUCAAAGCCACUAGUCUCCCUCGACAAAAACAGGGAUUUUAGCUCGCUGAACACAGGAGCUGCUGGUCGUUGCUUUGAUCAAUUAGAUAGUUUGUGACUUUGGUGAAUCCAAACUAACUCUUUUAAAUGCCAAAGUCACACAAUAACACAAAUAAAAUAACUGUUAGAGGCAGCAGUAGACCAGCAGCUUCUGUGUUCAGGAAUAUUAAAUCACUGUUUUUUUCAGUGAAGUAAAAGUAACAACCUAAUUUUCCAGUCGUAAAUCACUGUCUGUGACAGGUAAAGUGAGGAAAAACUCUUAAUACAAUGCACACAUAAACUGAUAUUGAUUUUUUUAGGUGGGACUUCUUUUGGGUGGAUAAAAUCAGCAGUAGAUUGCUUAGCUCCCAUAUAGGACUUCAGCCUGAUUCACCAAACUGGGGAUGUGCCAACUGACAUCUACUGUAUGUAAUACAUUGACGAUGGAUACGUACCUCACACAGCCUCACUUCAGAAAAUCUGAACUAUCUCUUUAAGGGGCUUUUGAAAAAGCAGAAUCAUUCUAAAGAUCAUCCAGACUCAAAAAACAUAAUGAACUGUGGAGGUUGAUCAGUAUGGCUGUUAGACAUGUUGACAUGUUUAAAGAGGGCUGAUUUAUGCAAAGCAGUGUAGUUGUUUACCUUUUGGGGGUUUUUUUGUUUUUUUGUUUUGUUUUAUUUUUGUUUUAUUAAAAUCAAAAGUAGGGUAUGUAACACACAAGAGUGUCCCAUCCCAUUAAUAAAGAAGAUAUUCAUUUUUUUUACUUGGUUAUAUUUGGGACAGUGUAAGGACAUUUUUACACACAGAAAGGAAUUAAUUAGAAAUCAAUGAAAUAUGUUUUGUUCGAACCUACCUGGUAACUGUUUUACUUCCUGUCUAUAUUUUCUGUGCCUGCAGGGGUGCCAAAAUGUAGAAUAUAAUUUUUUGACUCAAAAAUGUUGAAUGAAUACUACCACAAACAGAGAGGAUCUGAUUUUUGCACUCCAAUAUUAAGUAUUCAAUACACAAAAACAAGAUCAGGUAAGGGGGCUCUUGUAGCAUAGUUACAAAGAACUAGUGCUGCAUGAUUAAUCUAAUUGCAAUCGCAAUUGCGAUGUCAGGCUGUGCGAUUACAUAACCGCAUAAAAUGCUGCGAUUUGCAAUUUAAUGUAAAUAAAUGUUAACGUGUGUGCCUGUGAAUGUGACUACCUCUCCUGUAGUGUGUGGAGUUUGUUGACAUUAUGCCCACAAGCAGUGACCAACAUAGACGGUGAAGAACAGCAUGAGCACGACCAUGAAAAGACUGAGUUGGUGGCGAAAAAAACGCAACAUCUAUUAUAUGGCAAUACUUUGGAUUCAGGUACGGCGACAUUGAACAGAAAGACGUGCUGUGUAAAAGUUUAAAAGUUAAAGUCGCCACGUCCCGCGGCAACACGAUCAAUCUAUAUCAGCACUUGAGACAGCACAGAGGAAAGUAGGAAGAAUGCAAGCAAGAGAAAGCCGAGCCGUGUAACGUUAAAGACAAAGGGACAACUGAAAGCCGCCAGAGCCUCAUAAAACAACAUCCCAGCACAGUUACGCAAACAUUUGUAAGUGUCACGGGGGAAUCAUGGACUCCAUAACAAACUAUAUAAUAACAAAUUAAAAAUUGAGUAAUUUUGCUCGGUUUCGGCCCACUUGACAUGCUGCUGUGUUGUGCUAUGGCGCAACAACGCCUGAACACAACACAGGCUCGCUCCGCUGGGGGUACAGUGCCGUGCUGCGUCUGUUGAUGGUCAUUUACACUGUCCAUAACAAUAACUAUGUCAGGUCAGGUCAGUGCCCCCUGAUAUAAUGUAGGGGAAACACUGAAAUAAGCAAGAAGACUAAUGAUACCAUUUUUUUAUUAUAUUGUAAUCGCAAUCGCAAAUUGCGAUAUUGUCCACUCAAAUCGCAAUCACACAUUUUUAUCAAAUCGUGCAGCACUACAAAGAACAUACUAAAUCUGCUCACAAAUAAGCCUGGUUCCAGACCUCUGAGAUGCUUCCCACCUCUUUGAUUUGGUGCUGUGCACACUGAUAUCUGUUUUCCCCUGGUUGGAAACAUCAACCAAUACCAGGCUAGCUAGCUACAUUAAUAAAAAAAAAAAAGACAUAAACAUGAAUGAGAUGGAAGCAGCUCUACAACGUAGGGCUCAUUUAUACUCCAUUUGCAUACGAAAAUAGAUAACAUCAGUUUCAACAGCCAAUAGAUGGGACUUAGAGGGCAGAGUCAACAGUUUCACACAAUAACAUACGAGGUGACGGUGGAGGAGGCCAUAAUAUUGAAUCUUAAGUUUAAGUUUAUUUACUUUAUUAAUCCCCCUGAGGGGGAUUCAAUGUUUUCACUCUUGUUUGUCAAUUACACACAGGUCUGAAAGACACACACAUGCACAAACAGGACCUAUACAUGCACAAAGUGGAGAGAUGUCAGAGUGAGGGGGCUGCCCUUGGUGAGGCGCCCCGAGCGGUUGGGGGGUUCGGUGCCUUGCUCAAGGGCACCUCUGCAGUGCCCAGGAGGUGAACUGGCCCCUCUCCAGCCACCAGUCCACGCUCCAUAUUUUUUUUGGUCCGGAUGGGGACUUGAACAGGCGACCCUCCGGUUCCCAACCCAAGUCCCUAUGGACUGAGCUACUGCCGCCCCCAUCUUAUAAUGGAGGCAGCGUCGUAGACAGUGGUGGUCUGUAAGGCCUGUAAAUACAUGGUUCCUACAGUCAUGGAAAAUCUAGAAAAGUCAUAAAAUUAGUAGAAAUCAUUGAAAGAUUUGGAAAAGUCAAUAAUUUUUUGUUGUGUCAAAUGAAGUUGUUGCGGUAAUCUGUCGUGAAUUAUCUUCCACGUAAUGUAAUAUAACAGAAAAUUCACUUCUUGUAGCUGUUGACGUAAUGUAGCUCUAAUACGUCAAUUUGUGACGUUUUGCUAACUAUCAUGUAGGUUUCUUCAUUUUCCCACCAUGUUCCAUCCUUCUCUUCAUGUAUGCCACCUACCUGAAAUUAUGUUUGAAUAGAGUUUCUGAUAUGUUUGAAAAAUGCCAGCCAAGUGGGACAAGGCUAAAAAAAAUGUUAUAAAGUGUUAGGAAAUCUCCAGGCACCUCACAAUUCGAUUCAAUUAUGAUUCAGAGGGCAACGAUUUGAUGAUAAAACAAUUAUCGAUGCAUCACGUUUCAUCAAAAUUCUAUAAAUGAUACAUUUUUCUCACUGUGUGACUGCUUGCUACUUUUAAAACACAGCAUACUGUAUCAAUCAUAGCAUAGCAUCGGCCAGCUCCUACAAGGGUCCAACAACUACAUAGCUGUGCUAAUGACUCCCAUGCAAUGGUUUCGGAUUUUCUUCAUUUUCAGACUGAUUUUGCAGGUUUUGAGCUAAAAGUUUUGCCUGGAGCACAUUGUGUAUUAAUGAUACUCGUCCCCCACAGGGGUUGGAAGGACAAAUACAUUUCUUCCUCGUUCCAAAACCAAAAUCAAACCCUGAAAAGUGUAGGGUUAGCUAACAUUAGCGACUGAAGGUAUAGUUUACUGAAUACGCAUGCUACUUUUGCUUUUUAAUGAUUAUAACAGUGAAUAAAGACCUACUCUGCUUCACAGGGACCAGUGAAGGGAAACAGAGAAACUUUACUGAUAUUCAACCAGCUGUGUGUCAUUGCAGUGUGUCAGUGUCUGAAUUCCUCUGGAGCUACCCGCCUGUCCAGUGGCAGAGGUCUGGGUGCUGGGGGCAACAAGGGGGGAAGCCAAACACCAUUCAUCUGCACUUACUGUGAUGACCCACAGUAGGUUGAAUAUCAGCUUCCCUUUAUAUUUAUGGUCUUCUGUCUCAAUCACCAGUGAUGUAGUGGUUCACUUGUACACUGGGAUCUGUUCUCUAUAGUGGGGCUUCAGCUUCAAAUCUUUAUUGUAGAAUUAAGAACUGAUUAUUUCUUUCACCCCUAUUAAGCGUCCUGGGACAGUCAUGAAAAAGUUUUAAAAUUUUGUCCAUGAAAAUGUGUGGGAACCCUGAAAAUACAUCACAUGUGGAUGGAGAAUUCUUGUCAUUAUAUAAACGUAUUGUUCAUUUCUACUAUUUUUUAAAUGUCUUCAGCAUCUCCUACGACGUAACUCAUUUGAACUAUGCUACACUGCCUCCAUGAUCGCUGGUGGUACUGCUCCGUUUCGUCUGUAUCUGUAAGCUUUCAGAAAACGUGCAACAUAGAGCACAACAGAAGGCUUCGUCUGUGUCUGUAUAUGUAUCUGACAUUGAGCAUAAAUGAGCCCUUACAGAAACUCUAAAGUGGACAUAAUUUAACUGCCUUUAGCAACAACAAACAUCACUGACUGAAGAUAAAUAAAUAUGAUUUUAGUAAGAUGGAUAUGUCACUCUCUACAGAUUAGUUAUGGCCAAACCAAAACAAGUAACCUACUCAAAAACCAACUCAAUGUCAGACUGAUAAAGUCAAAUGGUAAUUAGCUAAUAGCCACAGAUCUGGCAGGCAGCUGCAAAAUUAGUGUUUAAACAAGGAGUAUUUAAGCUAGCAAUGAACAUAACCGAUGCCUCACUUCACCGCCCCCUGACUGAAACCUGUUGUCACAACUGGUAACUGUCAGUAUUCAGUCACCCAGUGCAGCUUUAGCCACGCUGUUUCAGGGGUAUCUUGUUAAUUGUGCCUCUCUAAAUAGUCCCUUAGUGUGAUGAUGAUGGCUGUUAUUAGACUGUAGUCACACUCUAGCAGGGUGUGUGUUAGUGUUGGUAAAGCUGGGAAGGACAGACCGAGGCGUGACUGCCCUUAGAUUUGCAUUGGAAAACUCAGAAACCUCAACCGCUAUGGCUGAUGUUAGUCCCUCAUUCAAGAGCCUUGGUCCAGCUCCUCUGAUCACGCCACUGGUUUACUGUAGUGCUGUGAUCUGGCUCUGUGUGUAGUUUGUGUGUGUAUGCGUGUGCAUGGGUGCUGUCUCUCUCAGUGCCUCCAAGGCACAUUCCAAACCCAUCACCAUUACACUGACUGAAAUAGAGGCAAUUGCUGUAAACUUAAAUUGCUGUGUGUACUGUUGAAUUAAAGACUGUGACUUUGAUUUUCAGACUGCUUCACACACACACACACACACACACACACACACACACUCUCUCUCUCUCUCUCAUUAAUGUCACAUUUUAUGGUGCUUUUUUAAUAUUUUGUUCCAUUGCUUAUGCUGUUAUGCUUGCUGUUGUGCUGAUAAUGCUAUGUAUACAUACAUGGUGCUUUAUCUGGAUUUUUUAUGGAAUUAGCAUUAGCAAUCACUACUGCCACAGUGACACACUACAUACAGCACAUUUGUGCCAACUGCUCCUUACUCAUGUAAGUAUUUCCUUUUCCCUUCCUGUUUUCAAACCCAUAUCCCACAAGUCUGCCAGCUGUAGAGUGUAUUCAUCAUGUUAGCAUGAAGACAGCAUCUGGGGAGUUAUAUCUACAAGUAUUUAGUUAAGUAUAUACUUAAUUUUGAUUCCCUUUUGGCUCAGCGAGGCUUCUAACUGAGCAAGAUGUCUGAUGUCAGUAAAUGCGAACCUGCUGUAUAGAGCUUUGUGUCGGGGAUGGAGGGGGGUGGGAGUUCUCAUGCAUCAGUCCUUGUUUUUGCACCUUAUAUAUUUUCUACUCUGUUGUAUAUCUCAGACAGUCUCCGCCUCGGUGACAGACAUGCGUGUACAUAAAUUAAUAAACCUCCUGACAAACA